UACCACAUUCUCAUCUGUCCCAUUCAUCAAUCCCAAAAUAUCACAUUCACCUCACCGGUCACCAACUCGAGCACUUGCCCACCACGUGCCAACACAAAAGCAGCCCCUCCAAGAAAGAAAAGAGAACCCUCUCUCCGUCUCCCACACUCAAUCGUCAAACCCUAUCUCCUCUGUUUCUCUCUCCUUUUGUUUCCUUUCCAUCGAACCAGUAUUCUCUCUCUCAACGAUAAUUCAUCGAUUCUUCGGAUGAAAUCCAACGAAAUCUUCGACUCUAGGUUUUUUAUAACCUCAAAUUCAAGCUCAGUUUGAUGUUACUUUCAAUAAACAAACCCUAGAAUUUAUUGUUCGAGCAUGGAGGGCCCUGCGGAGGAUCUCGGAGCCCCACCGGAUUCAUGGGAGGUCGUCGACCUAGACGCGAGCAUGAAGAAAUUGAUGCUCUCCGGGAAAACACUGUCGUCCACUUCUCCUCCUGAGCUUCCCGCUUCAGCUACGAAUUCGGCUUCGUUGGCUACUUCAACUUCGGCGUCAUCUGUUGGUGUUUCAGAGGAUUUGAUUAACUCGGUGGAUCAGUUUCUUCGUGAGGCUAUACAAAACCCUCGAGAGCGACUCUCAGUUCUACGGAUGGAGCAGGAUGUUGAGAAGUUCAUUCGGGAUCCUACUCGACAACAAAUGGAGUUCCAGCAGCUGCCUACUUCCUAUCUGCGGUUGGCUGCACAUCGUGUUGCCCAGCACUACUCACUGCAGUCAAUGGUUUUGUUGGACAACAAUGUACCUGAUGGUUCUGGUUCCAGAAUUAUUGUCCGCAAGCCUUCUGAAUGUCAGCUUCCUUUAAUUCGUCUGGCAGACAUUCCUGUAAAUUUACCAACAGAAGAUAGUGGUGCCACAAAGGUGGCAAUUAAACAGAGGCCACAGAGACGGUCACAGGUUGUCAACAGUGCCAAUUCACAUUCCUUAAAGACCAAUAAUUCCAAAAGUGUAGAGGAGAGAAAGGAGGAAUAUAACAGGGCUCGUGCACGGAUAUUCAACUCUAGCAGUUUUAGUGGGAGUUCUGGUGUGAAACCAGAAAUUGAACAAAGGACACAGGAUAACAUCCAACGUGUUUCACUGGGGCUAUCAAAGGCAGAAGAAAAAUCUGUUCCAGGAGGAUCUGAUGUGAAUAUUGGCAGAGGUUCAGUUGAUUCUUUAGCAGGUAGCAGUAGAUUAGCUAGAAAUAGGACAGAGGAUCCAGUUGGUAGGUUUAGACCUAAUAAUCGGGUGGCUAUCUUCCGGGACCGUGAAGUUGACCGCAAGGAUCCUGAUUAUGACAGGAAUUAUGACAGAUAUUUGCAAAGAUUUGAUCCUGGGUUUGGGUUCAAUGGAGGACCAUAUACCAUACAGCCUAUGUACUCUCCUGCAUUGAACUACAACACUGAAUUCCCACAACUUGGAUCUGCUCAUAGGCCCCCCAUUUCUACUGAACAUCAACCGCGGCCGCUCCCUCAGCAUCUACCUGGGUCAUGGGCUGCACCAUCAAACCCUCUUGGAUUAGGAUAUGGUCCUCCUGAGACCAUGAUGACUCAAUUUAGUCCUAAUCAUGUUGUUGGGCGAUCCACUUCUGCUUUAUACUUGCACUCCACUCACUAUCCUAGUCAGCUCCCUGGAAUGCCCUUCAUCCAUCCUCAUGAGCAGGGUCACCAACCCUUUUCUCAGUCUCAUCAGCUACAACCUGACACAAGUUUUGGAUUAGCCCGGCCCCGGUAAGGGGCCUGGGCCAUGCCUGCACCCUGCCAGAGUGAGGUCAAGCUUGGAAUGUGGCGUUUUGCUAUAAGUGUGUGGUGCAUGUAUCACAACUGGCAAGGGUGCAGGCAUACCGAGGUGGGCUGAAAUGGACUUUAAUCUCGCAGACACCAUCUUUUUCUCAGCCCACCACUUGCGGUUUCAACAGAGCUUCUUGCAUUUAUGUUGAAGCUCACUGGUCCUGGCAAUGCAAUUGUUUGAAUGAGGUCCCUGUGUGCUUUGCCUCUGACGAAGAUGACGAAGACAAAAGUAGGACGAGAAAUUACCAGAGCUGGGAACACAUGGCCUUUGUUUGGAUGAAGCGCACCAUAAAGCUCCACUGGGAAUAUGAUUUGAAGAAUGUUUCAGGAAGUUGCUGCCUUUUGAGUUUGGCAUAUGGGAGCCUUGGUGUGACGCGAACUGUCUUUCAACGAAGCUCUGGUCAUCACUUUUUCUUUACAGCAAAAUUAGUCUGCCAAAAUAAGAUAGUAAACCACAUGAUGUAUCCUACAAGUCCUUGUUUUGGUCUUUAACUAUGUGUUUCUUUGGGUAAGUAGCCUUAAACUGUGUGACGGCACUUUCAGAUAUUUGGACCUACGUGCAAUGCACUGUCUUGUGCUUCUGAAGUUAUUCUCUCUCUCUCUCUCUCUC